AUGCAGUUUUUCACCGCUAUCGUCGCCGGCCUCUUCGCCACCGCCGCCUCGGCCAUCGACCUGCACCUCGAGUACGCAGGCGGCUGCAGCACCAGCGGCGGCGGCUUCAUCUGCUACAACAUCAACCCGGACACCUGCUGCAGCGUCAACUCGGGCACCUACUUCGGCAGCGGUUCGUUCCGCGCCAUCCCCCGCAACUGGAACAUCAACGCGCGCGGCCACGGCGGCCCCAACUGCGGCGCCAUCCGCGAGCAGCGGGCCAGCGGCGGCUCCGACUACGUCUGCCUUGGCGGCGGGCCCUUCGGCGGCACCGGCUACGGCUUCGCCAACAAGAAGAUGAUCCGCGGCGCCACCGAGGCCCGCGAGGAGUCCGUGGGCUGCGCCACCCCCGACGUCGCCUACCUCGCCGACGGCACUUUGUACAACUACACCGCCGUCGUCGAGACCGGCCAGCCCGCCGAUGAGCUCGUCCAGCUUUUCCAGUCCGGCGACAUCCCCGAGAGCUUUGACGCGUUCAAGCUCGAGGAGACCCUCAAGCUGUAA